GGACCCCGCUGCGAUGAGUCCCCGGCGCUGCUGAAGGAUGGUGGCGGCCCGGAGAGCGCCUGUCCCCCGGCUCGGAGCCCUCCUCUUGCCCGGGAUCGUCCUCGGAGCCUGCCUGCUGCGGCCCGGCGCCGGCAAACCAGAGGAGUCCUGUCCACGGAGCUUGGACUGCACGCUGCAGAGAAGGGAGUUCUGCCCCCCUGGUUCCCAUGCCUGCGGCCCCUGCCUCCCACAGUUUGUGGAAGAUGAACACGGAAGAUGCGUCCAGAGGAAGUGGUCCUCCACUGGGAGAACUUCUGUUCCCAACCUAGAGGAAGAAAUCGACUUCUUAGCUGACGUGCUGGCCAGGCAGGAUGCCUCUCACCUCCAUCUGCUCCAGGAUGCCACCCAGGCCCCGUCAGGGAAGCAUCCUGAAGCUGCUGGGGUGAGAGGGGAGUCCCUCAAGAGGAACAGAGCGAGCCACAGGGCUGUGACAUCUCAUCCCACCUCUGCCACCAAGACAGUGAAGAGUUCUCCGGUGGAGGUGUUCCAUGUCACUUCAAAUGACCUCCUGAUACUCGGGAUGAUCGUGGUGUUCUCUGUCGCCGGCAUCAUUGCUUUAAUCGUGGCUGCGAUCUGCUGGUGCAGGCUGCAGAAGGAAAUCAGACUAGCUCAGAAAACCGACUACCCAGCUCAGAAGCUACCCGGCCCCCUGCCAUACGACAAGGUCUCGCCCGGGGAUCAGACGCUGGCUCAGAGCGCCCAGAUGUAUCACUACCAACACCAGAAACAGCAGAUGCUCUCCAUGGAAAAGCAUAAAGAGGAGCCCAAACUGCCUGACUCGGCAUCCUCCGACGAGGAGAACGAAGACGGUGAUUUCACGGUGUACGAGUGCCCAGGGCUGGCUCCUACUGGAGAAAUGGAAGUGAAGAACCCCCUCUUUGACGACUCGACCUUACCCCCUCCGGGCCCCAAGUCACACCAGUAACCUCUCUCCCGCCCGAGCUCGCUACGGACCGGUAUGCAGAAUGCCAAAAACCGCCAGCACCUCGGCUCCUCCCGAGGGACUCCGGACGAGGCUGCCACUCAGUGCGCGGAUUCCCCGAAUCCACCGCCAGACUGUUAGACCCCGCUCAGUACACACCUGCCGACAGCUUUGGGGGGUCGCUCCUGGUUCCAGCGUCUCCUUGUUCUUUCUGUUGUGAUCUCGCUUGUUCCCUGCCCUGUGUUCCCUGUAUUCUUUCAGCUGCUGGGAGCUCUGGUUCCUCUGGAGAUCGGAGGGGGCAGCUGGUUGGCUGAGCGCUAGCGCAAGGGGUGGCAGUUUUGGGUUUGUUUUGUUUGUUACUUUGGGGGUCGGGGGAUACUAGUGGUACAGCAGGUGCAAAGGGGUCCUGGGAAGGGACCUCUAGAGGGGAUCAAGGAGUGAACAGCGAAGCAAGGGCCUUGCCUUCACUCCCCGGCACUCUGGCAAACAUCCCACCCGACCCUUGCAAACACCAGUGCUG